AUGGGGUUUUUCACCGCAGCUAGAGCAGCUAUUGCGAGGCCAGUUGGAAUACUUCUAAGUCAGCUGCGUGGAGUUGCUCAACUAGGAAACUUGGCUCCUUUUGAAGGUGCUGUGAAGGGCUACAAGAGAGUCGGUAGAGGUCAAGGGUCCGGCUUGGGAAAGACGUCUGGAAGAGGUCAGAAGGGCCAGAAGGCCCGUGGUAAGGUUCCCAGAUGGUUCGAAGGUGGACAAACCCCCUACUUCAAGAGAUUUCCUAUAAUUGGUUUUAAGCGACCCCACAAGAGAGAAUACAACGACUUGAACUUGGACAGAAUCCAGGAGUUCUGGAAUUCAGGCAGAAUCCCUCUAAAAGAGGGUGAGACACUAGACUAUAAGGUGAUGAGAGACUGCGGGCUCGUUACCGGAAGCAUCAAAGAUGGUGUGAAGCUCUUGGGUAACGGGAAGGAGACAUACAAUGUGCCAUUGAACGUUGAAGCGACAAGGGCUUCAAUCGGCGCAAUUAAUGCUGUUGAAAACACAGGUCACAGCUACACAUCCGUUUAUAGAACGAAAUUGGGCUUACGUGCGUUCUUAAACCCAGACAGAUUUCUCUUAAGAAAAGGGAACGUUCCUUUGCAGGCCAGACCCAUGCACAAAAGAGACAUCAAGUAUUACUCAGACCCCGAAAGGAGAGGUUACUUGUUGAAGCACCCAGAGAUCUUUUUGGAUCAGGUGAAAGCACAACAAGCAGAAAAACAAAGCAGAGUGAAGAAAGUCGCCGUGAGAAGUGGGUUGGCGGCGCAAUUGGAGAACGCCUCCAAGAAGACGUACACCGAUUAUUCAAAAAACCGUGUUGUGGACGUUUCGAGUCUUUAA